AUAAUGAUUUUGGUUCGAGUUAUGAUGACACCAUGGGACACCAGAUGCAAACAAAGAUAAUCUGUUCCGUUUUGAAGGGAAGCCGGAGGUUAUUUCGUCCAUCACCACAGCGUGGUGCUGUUGAGCUGAGCUGACGUGGGCUUCCCCGUUAAUUUACCCAUAUCCUUUGCCUUUUCUUCUCCGCGAUUCUGUCACCCAGCUUCACAACACGGUACAGUGGAACACAGUCCUCUGGCUGUAGAGGCAACUAAGCAGAGUGUGAUUAGUCUACCGUGAUAGCUUCAGUUUUUGGUCUUAAAAAAGCCAUCUAUCACUGAUCAUGGACGCUGGUGUAAAAAUCUGACUUCCUAUUCUCCUCCCUUAUAUUGGGGGGUUUUAUAGCAACAAACACUGGAUCCAAGCUGGAUUUAUUUGGAAUUAUAACACAUUUCGCAGGGGCAAUACCAUUCAUGUCAAUACUCCAAAAUGCAACCACCGCCGAGGAAGGUCAAAGUGACGCAGGAGUUGAAGAACACGCACACAGACCAGAUGACCAGGCUGCACUUCAAACACCAGACAGAGUGCGACCUGCUCGAUGAUAUGAGGAGUUACACUCUGAAGAAAGGACAGCUGGAGAGAGACUAUGCCCAGGCUCUGCAAAAGUUGGCGAGUCAGUACCUGAAGAGAGAUUGGCCAGGAAUCAACCCUGAUGAUCAGAGAACUGACUACAGGAAUGUGUAUGUGGUGUGGAGGUCCUACUUGGAGGGUACGGUGCAGGUGAGCCAGUCCAGACUCAAUGUUUGCGACAACUACAAGGGUCAGGUCUCGGACCCGGCCAAGACCCUGCGGCUCUACAAGGAGCAGCAGCUCAAGAAGACCAUGGAGCAGCUGAACGGCAUACAGGCAGAGCUGCAGGAGUCAGCGAAGGAGCUGGCCAAGGCCAAGAAGAAGUACUACGACUGUGAGCAGGUGGCUCACGCCGUGCGGGAGAAGGCCGACAUAGAGGCCAAGUCCAAGUUGGGUUUGUUUCAGUCGCGAAUUAGUUUACAGAAAGCGAGUGUGAAGUUGAAAGCCAAAAGGAGUGACUGUAACUCCAAGGCGACCCAGGCCAGGAACGACUACUUGCUGACCCUGGCGGCUGCCAACGCCCACCAUGACCGCUACUACCACACAGACCUGCUGUACGGCAUCCAGGCUCUUGACGGGGGGGUCUUCGAGCACGUGAAGGACUACCUGGUGGCUCUGUGUCGCACCGAGCUGGAGACCUUCACGGCCACACACAACACCUACCAGUUCCUCCUUGACAAGUCCACCAGGGUAAUACAGGAGUUCAACCAGCAAUUAUUCAUGCAGGAGAACCCUGUGUUUCACAAAGCACAUGACUUCCAGUUCCAGCCCAGCGACUGUGACGUAAGCCGGCAGUUGGAGUCUGAGACAGGGACGACGGAGGAACACAGCCUGAAUAAGGAAGCCAGGAAGUGGGCGACCCGAGCAGCCAGGGAGCACAAGAACAUCAUCCACUACAAGAGGUCCCUGGAGGAGUGUGAAAGCCACGGACUGCCCUCCACAGAGCAAGGCAGACUAGACCUGGAGCUGAAGAUAGAAGACACCAAAGAAUGCAUACGGAAAGCUGAGACCAUCAAAUUGAAAGCUGAGGCGCGCUUGGACCUGUUAAGACAAGUGGGCGUUUCCGUGGAUACCUGGCUGAAGAGUGCCAUGAACCAGGUAAUGGAGGAGCUGGAGAAUGAACGCUGGGCUAACUACAAUUCCAUUGAUCCCUCACUCUCGGGCCCAGUUGAGCUGGACCGGGAGGAAGGGGAGGAGUGUGAGGAGAACAUGGAGGUGUUUGACGACAGCAGCUCUAGCCCCUCCGGAACGCUACGCAACUACCCACUCACCUGCAAGGUCCUGUACUCCUACAAGGCAUCCCAGCCUGAUGAGUUGACCAUAGAUGAACAAGAGAUGUUGGAGGUCAUUGAGGACGGUGACAUGGAGGACUGGGUUAAGGCCCGCAACAAGACAGGGCAGGUGGGCUACGUCCCGGAGAAGUACCUGCAGUUCCCCACCUCCAACAGCCUGCUGAGCAUGCUGCAGUCCCUGAGCGCCCUGGACGCCCGCUCACACACCUCCUCCAACUCCACCGAGCCCGAGCUGCACGCCGGGGGCAUCAAUGGAGAGAGCCACAAUGUGUAUGUGCGUGCUCUGUACGACUAUGAUGGCCAGGCGGAGGAGGAGCUGUCCUUCGUGGAGGGAGCGGUCAUCCGUCUCCUGAGCCGCGACAUGCAGACGGACGACGGCUUCUGGGAGGGCGAGCUCAACGGGAGGGUGGGGGUGUUCCCCUCCGUGCUGGUGGAGGACCUGGCCGAGAACGGAGAGCCAGGAGGAGGAGGAGGCGGAGGAGUUGGAGGAGGAGGAGGAGGAGGAGGAGGUGGAGGAGGAGGAGGAGGAGGGACGACAGCGGACACGCCGGUGUCCCUCUCUGUGAAGAUGAUGUCGUCGCUGCCCCCCCUGCCCCUGUACGACCAGCCUCCCAUCAGCUCCUUCACCAGCACCGAGAGCGCCACCACCACGCCGCCGCCCCUCCCCCGCUCGCCCUCGGCUGCCACGGUCAACGGGGACCACAAGCCCCCGCUCCCCGCACUCAAGGGCCCACCCGUCACCCACAAUCACAACUCUGGCCGGAGUCCCGUGUCUCCAGGCUUUCCUCAGCCUCUCCGCUUCACCCCUGACGGAGGGCCGGGCAAACUACGGCCUGUGCGUGCCGCCCCCCCUCCUCCAAAACAGCACCCCCGCAGAAAGCCGGAGAAAAGCAGCAAAUCUGAGGAGGUGGAGAUCACACUUGUGUGACUGACAAAACAGACGGAUGGAUAGAAGGACAGAUAUACAGAAAGAGAGAGAGAGAGAGAGAGAGAGAGAGAGAGAGACACGUCCCCUAAAGGCUCUGGAACUCACCUGCCCUUAUCCUCACAAAAAAAAACUAAAAAGGGGAACGAACCCACCUCACCGCCAUGCUCCUCCUCAUCCUGGCGACGAAGAGGAGGAGGGACAGGGGAAUAAAGCCGGGGUGGAGGAAGGGGACCGCUGGCUCCGCCUCCCAAAGAGGGUGGAGGUCAACCCCACCAUCUCCACCGCCCACCUCCUACUCGCCUUAACGCCUGGUUUCAUCCGGCAGCCAUCUUGGAAGAAGGAGCUCUGCUGGAGAUGGGCUAGGAGCAGGGGCCGAGGCGAGGAGCCUCGCCACUAAACGCUUACCGGGCACAGCAGCAAGGGGGACCCACUAUGCCGACGUAUUAAAGAGACACUGUAUGUCAACGACCUGCCGGGCAAGGUUAUCCUGCUGUCGUCAAUCAACCUUUAUUUAUUCAGAGGGGGGGUGAACAAAACACCCAGUGAAUAAAUCAAGGUUGUCUUUCCGUGAAGAAAUGAACAUGGAGAAAAAAAAAAGAAAAGUGUUUUUAAAUAAUAACAAUUGCAGACAUGGCAUGUUUGCACACCCAGAAGAAAAGCUGAGAUCCAAGCUGGAUCGUUAUUUUGAGAGUUGGGGUCGGUUGCGAUUGAGACGGUUGAGUUGGAGACAGAAUGGUGUAAAAAUGCCAGCCCUAUCCCCCAGCAUCGCGUCAUAUUUAAUGUAUUAGUGCAGUACAUAACUGUGGUCAUAGGAUCAUCGCAGCGCAGCACUCCACAUAUUAUAAUAACGCAGUUGAACCUGUUUGAUAUGUAGUUACUGACUGUCGUCACAUUUCAGAAGAAUAUACACGGGUGUUGUGAAUGCAGCCGGGAGGAGGAGAGAGAGAGAAAGAGAGAGAGAGAGGGAACGAGGGAAGUGAAUACAUAAAGUGAGAGAGACAGGCAGGGGUGGCUGGUUCCACCCCUGGCGUCAGAGUCCUUUCUCCAGCCCUCCCUCCCCUCCCCUUCCCUCCCCUGCUCUUCUCCCCCUCCUAAGUUGUCGCCUCGUACCCGUGUGCGGCGUGUUUCCUUGGUGUACGGCACGCCGUGUGAAGCAGUGGUAGACACACACACGCACACACAUUAUUUACCCUCAUUAACACAAGCACAUGAACACACACAAACAUGGCGGCCGUACCCACCCCCCCCUGCCUCCCAGUCUCUGCGUCUGUAUCGCUAAUAUUUAGUCCUGGAAGACGUCCGCCGUGCAGGAGACGGGAUGGAGGGGGGCGGGGCCAAGGGGUCCCGGGACAUGGGUCCGGGAUAACGGGAUUGACGGAAUCCUCUUUGAAAGGGAUUUGGAGGAGCGCUUGUGGAAUGGGAGGGUUUUCGUUUCAUUUGAUUGGAUGAGACAGAGUGGAGUCAGGGUCUCGUGUUUGAUUCCCCCCCCCCCCCUAGCUCUUUGUAUUGUUUAUUAUUUUCAUUUCAUGUCAUUUUGUUGAACAGACCUGCUUGGUGUUUAUCUUUCGCCGACCUCUUUAUGCUUCUGUUACAGAGUGGUGAGCCCUAAAGGUAUUAAGUUGUGUAUUCAGUUCAGUAUCACCCCUCACCUUUGGUUGUUUUCAUUGUUUUGUGGUUCAACUUUGCCCCAGGGCAGAUGAGACGACGAACCAAAAAAGGGCAAGAAUGAAAGAUAUGUACGGUUUAUUAAAUGCUGUUUCAAAACUCUUUCACACACAUCCAGCUAGAAGCAAAUCGCUUGCAACCAGUCAUAAAAAUGGAGCUAGAUAAAAUCACAUCUUUCCUUAUCGGGAAAGAUAUAAAUCAGAUGUAAUUCAGCUUAUUUAAAAUCCCUCCAAGCCUUUUCCCUCCUGCCUAAAAGGCAAUGUAGCACUUUUUUUUGAAAGGUAGCCAUGUGUUGUUCCCUUUAAGAAAACUUAUCCCCGACAUAUUUGAGCUAGGUGUGCUCUCCCUAGAGCACUAUAGAACUGUUUAAUUUAUCUAAAGCGUAGUUCUUCUAAUCACUCCAAUUGUGUGGACGAUCCUCUUUGUAUCAGUGUGACUGAAGUUUUUUAUUUUGUAUUAUUUUAUAUUAUUAUUAUUUUAAUCUGCCAUCUUUAUAAGGGAUGGCACGGUUAAGUUGAACUUUGUACAUUUGUGUUUAACUUCAAAUGAAACCAUUCAGAAUACAGUUGAAGUGUAUCUUUAUAAAGAGGCCGACAAACAGUGUACUUUGAGACAGGUAUGAGCCGAUGUGUGGGAGCACAUGUGUAUUGUACUUCUCAUAGGAGAAGAGGAGAGGUGUGUUUGAAUAACACGGUCUACUCUCAACAUGUGCCCUGCUGCCGCCCUCUUUUUGUUGGCUAAGGAACAAGUUUUUCCCAAAAGUCCCAAUAUUGGAACAAAAAAUGUAAGUGUUUCCUUCCUGUCUCUGGCGCAGGAACAAACGAUUACGAUUUCUUUGGGCAAGUAAACACGACAUUGCUUCUGCUUUCUCAAGUGAGUCCUCUAUGACGUGUUGUGUAACACAGAACAUGCCGUGUUGUGUAGAUAAUUCAGGGCAUUAGCAGAGCCUGUUGGGUUGACCCUUUUGUGUCUCGCUAAAUUCCAAGAAGUAGCAAGAUCUUUUUUCUUUUCUUUUUUCAUGCGACGCAACUUCGACGGCAGCCUGGUGUUGAUCUCUCUGAGAUCUUAUUGAUAAUAUGUUGAAACUUGUUUUGAAGUUUAUGGUUUACAGAAAUGUCCCUCGUUCUGCAAACAACAAUCAAACCGAUCAAGCGAACCUCGACGUUCACCGCGCUCUCCCCGUUCAAACCGUUCCUAUUUUUAAAAAGUAAACCUUUCGGGUUCAGUGUUUUUAUUAUUUGUUCUAGUUUCUUGUUUUGUUUGGUCAUUCUUUUUGGAUUAGGGGAAGUUGCACAGCUGCUAUAUAAUAGAUGCGGUGGAAUGGCCUUCUAUCUAUUAAUAGAUUAUUGCCAUAUUAUCAUUAACAAGAGAAGGUGCAAAAUUGAUUUCAAGAUAUUCAUAUUGGCUGUAAAAAAAAAACACAACAAAGUUUGUAUUUAUUGUGUACAAAUGUUAAUAAAAAAUAUGGGAAAAAUUAUCAGGUGCUUU